AUGGCCAAUGGAAAGCACAUAUGCUUGUAUUUAAACUUCCGUGUAUUGUUAUUGUUGAUUGUUACCGCAUUUUUUUUGCAAUCGCAGAAGGAUGCAGAUUUAUUUCUCCAAGGCAAUUCCGGUUCGCAGUAUUUAUAUUUGGAAACGAUUAUUGAAGAAACAUCCGAUGAUCUGCAAAGUGAUAAAUCGGAAUCAUGUCCCUCCCCAGUUGGGUGGCUGGCAACGGACUCCGAAUCGGGAUCUGUCAUACGGAUUGGGAAUUUGGAAGAUGUUGACGCCGAAUUAGAAAGAGAAAUACCUUGGCCGAUGAAACGUCGACGUCAAGACGCCAAUCUACUGGGCAUUAGUGACGACGAAUCGAAUCAAUCCUUAAGUCGUUCCAGCAGUCUUCUACAGUUCGAAAGUUUAGAACGCCAGUGUCAAGAUAUCAGUAGUAGUUCUCCUAGCAUUCUUUCUGCAUUUAGCUUCGAUUCGUUAGAGAUACGCAGAAAAAGCGAUUUGAGUCCGGAUAGUUUAGACGGCGACGACGAGAAAGAAUCGGAUUAUUACAAAUCGCUGAAAAUCGACGUGGUCAGACCAAAAUACAGCUUAUUUCGAGAUUCAUAUUUGCAUAAUAAGAUUAAUUCGAGUAGCUCAGAGUCGAGUGAGUCUCCGAACGAUCGCUCUUUAGAGGAGUAUUAUAAAUCAAGUGGGUGUUUGAAAACAUCGAGAAGUUUAGAAGCUCUUCAUAAGAGUACGGGGGAUAAGAUUUCUAUAGAGAACUUGAGUGAGGAUAGUGGAUACAGUGAUCACUUUUGCAACUUUGCUAAACAAAAAUCGAGUAGUAUUCCAAAUUUAAAAACACAAAGCGAGGGGGGGAAAAGCGAUUUCGAGUUCGAAGGCGAUUCGAGGUUUGAUACCUGCGAUUCUCAUCACAAACUCGAGAAUGUGUCGAUGAAAUUUGGUUCAAGUUAUCAGGAUCUUACUAUAUUGGAUAAGUAUGACGUGUUGUGCACAACCAAUCCCCUAAUUGAGCGAUUCGUAUAUAAUAAGUGUUCGAAAUGGGAUUUCAGCAUAAUUCAAAGAUCGGACUUUGGGAUAAAUAUAGAAAAGAGAACGGAAUGCGACGUUAGAACUUCUAAAUAUAAUACGGCGUCGGCGAGUGAACCGAACCUACUGCAAGAUCGAAGUGGAAGUACCGUCUUGCCUGUUGAAGCAUUGCAAAGUUUAGAUGAUUUUCAAAAUCAGUUUUUUGAUAGUGGCGUCUGUGCGUCUAGUGUACCUAAAGAUCUUAAUUUAGCCAGUGAAUUACAGUCGAAUAACAAAGAGUGGAACGUGAAUUAUUUUAUUCCUUCGAUUGCGGCAAAAAACUGUGAUAUUGCCGACUUUGCCAAUCAAGAAAGUAUUUUUAUCGAGAGUUCGUUGAACAGCGCAGACUUCAAAAUGGAGUUGUUAGACGAGGGGAAGUUGAAAAUGAAUAAUGUUGCUGAUGUACAAAAGGAAUAUACGAGUAGUAUUUCUACGGGGUCGGAUAUUGAGAUCAGUACAUUUGGAAGAGAGGGCAGCUACUUAGAGGCGAUGAGUAAUAGGGUCGACAUUAGUGACGAUGAAUACAACUCUUGUUACAUGGAAAAUAUUAAAAAGAGUACAAUUGUGGAUUUCGACAAGCAGAUUUUUAAAACGGUCUCCGAAACGAGUAUACCAAGCUUUCACAACAGUAGUAAUAACCUCGAUUUUUUUGUCUCGACACCUAUAUCGGCACAUGCACGAAAUGUUAUUAGCACCCCAAAUUUAUCCAUUGCCAAGCAUAAAAACGAAAACGCUCAUUUUGAUGUCAUAGCGAGUUGCUCUACACAAAGUUUUAAGCGUAAAAGCUCUUUGGUUAACCACAGUAACAGUAGUACAAGUGGCUUAUCUGAUGACGACAAGACUUUAGUAAAUGCAAAAUCGUUCAGUGGAUCAACGGGCUCCAAAGGGGUGCACUUUUGCCCAAUUGUGGCGGAAGUAAAUUGGCACGAUAGCGAGACCACCAGUGAGAAGGACUCCAGUUACAGUCUGUCGAGCACUCCCGAAUGCGAGGACGUUAAACAAAAAUCUCCAACGCCACCAAUUAUUAGACCUCACCCUCGAGUUCUUGUAACCGCCGAAGUGUCUAGAAGUCAACCAGAAUUGAAAUACACCGAAUUGGCUACGAAUAGUUUUCAAACCAACGCCGAAUUGCAUUACACGCCCCCUAGGAAUCGUACCGUAAGUCAGCCGGAUAUUAAGACAACAUUGAACGGAAGCACUAACAGACGUAGUAGUGAAACGACGGGAAGAAAUGAGUACGGUUGCGUGUUGGUUAAUUACGUAGACGGUGAUGGCAUAACUUACAGACAUUCUUAUUUGGGAGAUGUUUACGAGUCAAUGCCUCCCACCCCCGCUAGUAGUCACGUGUCUACAAGCGGCAGUGGCACGAAUAUUGUCACGCCACAAACAAAUCUGCUGCUUCCGAAGCAGGCGGCGGUAACAGCAAUGGAUAAAAUUACGACAUGCGAUUCAAAACCUAAAAAAUCGAAAAAAUUAAGCGGUUUUUUUUCUCGGCUCGCUAGUUUUCGCUUCUCAUCUCGCAAAAGUUUCGAUGACAACGGCAAAGGUAAAAAGAAGUCCGCGCCGGUAGCGAUGACGAAUACGCAGCGGAUCGCCACCAAAGAGGAUUAUAUUUAUAUACCAUUAAAAGGACCCGAAAAACUGUUAACUAAAGACGACGAUCAACAAGUGUCGGAAACCGCAUUAUUAACAAGACCGGAGGACGUUACCUGCAUAAGUGCCAAACCACCCCUACCGAAAGCGCCGCCGAGGGUAGUUGGCGCAAGCGUGAAACCGCGUACGGGCGAAACAUUUGCGCAACUCGUUCGUUCCGAACACCGGACUAUUGAUUCCGGGGACGUGUUCCCCCGGUCCAUGGAGCCCAUGGGGCUGAUCGAGACGGACCUCGAUACGGAGGUGACAGUUAUUACAAGUGGUACCCAUGUGAAGACGAGAAGUUUGAUGAACCUGGGGGCCGAGGCGCCACCACGCAGCCUCGCAGCCCCACCACACCCCACUAGGCCACACAAGUCCAUGGAAUUCCUUCUGGACAAGCAAAACCUUAAAGUCGUCGAGCCACCAGAAAACGAAUUGCAAAAAGGCGAACGUGUGAUGUCCGAACACCAACUACGAAUCCAACGCUCGCUACAAAAGCUUACUAUCCCCGAUUGGUAUAAGCAAUACCAAGUUCCCCGAGAGAACUUCAUAUUAAAGAAGACUGUCAAUCGUGAACGAUGGCCAGGGACAUCGAGCAAAACACCUUCACUAAGUAGUUUGGGUUCAAGCAACCACUCUCCUCUGUUACUCAGUCCGACUCCCAAUACACAACCGUUUGUCCGGUGGUCUACUUCUAAAUUAAAUUCGACAGCUUCAUCGCCUUGUGCCUCGACGCGAAGUAGUUUUAAUACUCGUCAACCAAACGGUUCCAUAUCACCCUCUUCCAUCAGAAGUAGUUUUAAUUAUCGACAACCAUACUUGGGUUGGCGGUCGCAGGAGCGCCUUGCUAAACCUAGAACACCUGCUGAACGGCUGGCAAGUUCGCUUCUUGUUCAAAAUCAAAACCCGGCAGUCAUUCAACCCGAAAGUCCCGAAAUACAAACGUCUAUUAAAGAAGUGACUUCGGCGAUCGUUCAUUACGUUAGCGGAUUAAAACCUGAGCUAUCCGCGAGUUCGGAGAAUACGAAAUCGAGAAGUAACUCUGUUAGUCCUCGAGGUAGCCAGAAACUUUGCUGGUUGGAGAGCUCGUUUGUAGGUUCGCGCCCUUUAGAUGCCCCCGAAACGCCGGUAACCUUGGCCGAAAAUCACAGUACCACUUCACCACCUUCGACUCUCAGACUCGAAUUACAAAAGACGCAUAACGAUAUCUCAAAAACACAUAUGGGUUACACAAAACCAUCACCGAGUUCAACUACUUUGGAAGACGUAUUAGAUUCGCUCCUCGGACUUCCACCAUCAACUCGUGCACCAAGUCCAAGCCACCAAGAGACAGUGUCAGCUAAUACAAGCCCUAGUCACAUAGGCGAAGAAUCCAGAGCUGCAGAACAAUUUAGGAGGCGAAGUGAAGGUAGUGAGCCGGUGAAUCAUCCUCCAACGGUGCAAAGACGGGUCAGUUUUCAUUCCUCCCCUGUAUUAAGAUGUCGUUAUUCACGAUGCAGUAAAGUGGUGUCAACAGCGAGUAAAGAAGCGCGUUCGUUUAAAAAUUGUCAUAAUUGUUCCUAUAUCUAUUGUUCUAAAGCGUGUCGCCGCGCACAUUGGGAAAAGCACAGAAAAAGUUGCUUAUUUUCGAGAGUGGGAACUUUAUGCAGGCAGGUAUUAGCGGCUUCAAAGGAACAAAGCGAUACUCUUCUUCAAGUUUCCCUUAUCGCCCGUCGGGGUUAUUUAUCACACGGCCAAGGUGCAGUAAAGUGCUUCUUUCCCUGUCCAGAGGCAGCGGAAAAAUUUUUAACCGUAGGGUUGCCAUUCUUUGGUGAAUUAACUUAUGUGAGAUGGACAGAUCUACUUCCGACUGAAAUGGGACCACAAAUGUACGCGGAAUUAAUGAAAAUGUGCAAAAGUUAUAAUCCAGACACCAAACUCGUUUUAUAUGUCACUGUAUGUGUAGUUUCGGAAGUACCCACCACAGGCGCGGUGAAAUGGGAAAGGCAAUUAGUGUCGCGAUGUGCAAAAAUGAGACUAAGCAAAGAUGUACCCAUCCCUGAACGAGAUAAUACAGAGAAUUUGGAAACAUUAGUUUUAACUUGUUCUCCCACGCGAGAUGUGAAAUCACGCGAACACGUGUUUAGCAACAUACAAAAUCAACUCAAGGUUCGUGGCGUAUCUCUUCGAAAACAAUAUCCAGAAAUAUAUCAACAGUUGUGCAUGUAUGUCGAAGGGAAAUGUACCAAAUUUACUCCAGUAACGGUGCAUCCGAAAGAUGACAUUACUGGUAAAAGCUUUAUGUGCAUAAUCAUGCUAGACUCUGAUCCGGAGGGUGUAAGGCAAGUUUCUGCAGCCGGGAUUCCCGUAAAUACCAUCAAUCUUCUUCACAAUUGGCGUCACCUACAAGAUAUUUCCUUUGGCGACGUGUAAACUGAAACAUACAAACUUUUGAUAAUAAAAAUGGCACCAAAUGCCCCUUCUCCUGUGAUCUGUUGUACAGCUUGUUGUUAACCAUCUGCAAAUUUUAAUUGUUACAUCAUAUAGUGUUGUUUUAUGAACUUAUAGAUUUUUUGAUUAUUAAAUACCUAUGUAGGAUAGCUAUAUAUAUAAUUGUAAAACGGACGUAUUUGCUCACAAGCGUAUCGACUGAUUCUUUUAUUACACCCAAAUUGGUUUGUUAUUUAUAAGUAACGUGUUGUAAAUUCGAAAUUAGUAACGGACAAUCUUUAUCUGUAUUAUCGAAAUUUUCCAAACUUUCUCAUUGUUCGUAGUUUUAGUUUAAACUAUGCUCGAUAUAUACAACCUGUUGCUUUUUGAUGCAAUAACUUAAGAAUAUUAUAAAAUUACGUUUAACGUUGUACCUAAGGUUAAUAAAAACAUAACACCACAUGAGAUAUGUCCAGUGUUAGAUACUACUAUGUUCAGAUACUGAGUGCUCCAUUACUAUGAUGAUCUACUUAUUUUGCCAGCAAUAAUUCAUAUUUCAAGAAAGUUAAAUUACUUAUUCAUUGAUGACACUGACAGCAGAAAUGGAGGACCCAGAGUUUCUGACCCUGAACUCACCUUUAUGUUAGGGUGAGCAAUGCAUGUACUAAUACUAUAAGAACCUAAUUCUAAAAA